AUGGGCAAGGCAACUGGAACCAAGGGCAAGAAGCCACCAUCCAAGCAUUCCCGCGCCGCGCGCCGCGCUACCUCCCCCUCCAUCGACCUCGACAAGUCUCUCAAGGAUGUUCGUCCGCCCGUGGAGUCCGUUGACAACCGGCCGGCAGUGUUAGCAGCACGCCACAGCGCUGGCGUGACCAAGAAGCCCAAGAAGAAGGUUCUCAGCUCCAAGGCGCGUCGGCGCCUGGAGAAGAGCAUGGACCGUGCCGAGGCUGUCAUGGACCGGACAGCAACCAAGGUGCAGCGCAGUGUGAACCAUGCAAAAGUCAUCAACAAACGGAAGAAGGCUUGGGAAGAGAUCAAUAAGGAGGUUCAAGAGGAGAUUGUGCAUCAGGUCGGGCCUGCCAGCAAGCUGAGCAAGAAGGCUAAGGCCAAAAUGGAGGAGGACGCCAUGGUUGCCGCCUUCUAUGCGGACGAAGACGGCGACGCUCAGAUGGAGGGUGCUGGAGAGUCUGCAGAAGGGGCUGAGGGUGGGCAGGGUGCCCAGCAGACCCAACCGGCACAGCCACCAUUCACUGCGAAGCAACAAGAGGAGGACGAGGAGAUUCUGUGA